GAUGUUUUUGACGUUUAUAUUUACUUGUGUCUGCUGUUAUGAUGCAGUGGAAAUUUAGCUUUUGCAGCUAUUUUCUUAUUUAUUUUUAAUUUCAAGAGGGAAUUUCAAUGAUUUACCUUAAAACAGUCCCGAAACUGCAGUCGCUAGUAAACGCGAGUCCAGAAUUUAAUGCCAGUUUGUGAUAUUUAUAAUUUAGCGAUGUAAAACCGAUUACUAUUUAACCCUUUAGAGUCUGUGGCCUUUAACCUAAGCUUACCCUAUUUUAUAUUCCAAGGAUAAAUACACGUAAUUCGAUUUUUAUUUUUUAUCAAUUUCCAGAUCAAAAAUGUUGAUAUUACUCAGUUAAAACUUUAUAGUAAUCUAGGAAGUAAAGCAGUCCAAUUCAAUUGAAAUGGUGCGCAAAAAAGAAUUUUAUGGAAUUGCCGCUGUUGCCUUAAUUUGCUUUCUUCUAAUAGCUUUAAGCCAAAAAAACCCAUCGCAUUUGCACUCUCGGCCUGUAUCUUUUCAAGCAAUAGAAAUAAUGGACAAUGAUGAUGCUGACAGCUCAUUAAUUGAUGCUGAUGACACCUUAUCACACAUAUCUAUCAAAGAAAUUAUAAACCAUCAAAGAAAUAGACUGAAGAGAGAUUUGUAUGGUUAUAAGUUGCCAGGCAAUUUGAAUUUGUCUGAUCUUACUUUAGAUACUGGUGGACAACCAAUUAGAACUGUUAUUAUAACAACUUGGAGAUCAGGUUCCACUUUCUUAGGCGAUAUUAUUAACGCUCUACCUGGCAACUACUAUCAUUAUGAGCCUUUGCUCGACUACGGUAUCGUGCAAAUUCGAGGUCCACCCUACGCCGAUUCUGCACUAGCCGUUCUCAAAAGUUUGCUCAACUGUGAUUAUACAGACUUAACUAGAUAUUUAGAAUUUGGCAUGUCCCACAUUUAUUUAUUUACGCACAAUAAGCGGCUGUGGAGCCAGUGCGAUGCAUAUCCAGAUUAUUGCUGGGACCCGGAUUUCCUAAACGAGUUUUGUAAGUUGUUUCCCUUUCAAUCCAUGAAAACGGUCAGGAUGAGGUUAAAACUUGCAGAAGAACUUUUACAAGAUAAUACGCUUAACGUAAAAGUGAUCCUAUUAGUGCGGGACCCUAGAGGUACACUACAGUCUCGCCGUCAUCGAGACUGGUGUCCUGGUGUACCUGAUUGUGACCAGCCUCAACAUCUUUGUUCCGAUAUGGUGGCAGAUUACAGUGCCGCUAUACGACUUAACAAAUUAUAUCCAUCUAGAUUUAGAGCUCUUCGCUAUGAAGAUCUAUCACUGGAUCCAUAUCAAACGACUGAAGAUAUAUUCGCAUUUAUGGGACUUAACGUACCCCUACAGGUUAAAGACUUUUUGGCGUCGCAUACGACCAUAAAUGUCGGAGGCGUAUCGAGCACGUACCGCGAUUCGAAAAAUGCUCCAUUUCACUGGAAAAACGAUUUGAACGCAACGGAAAUUCAGUGGAUCGAGGAUAACUGCAGGGAGGCGUUAAAAUUGUGGGGUUAUAGAAGGACAGACGGAGCUUCUGAUUUAAAAGAUUUUUAUCCACUUACGCGUUACGAUAUUAAUUAGAAUAUCACUAAAUAUAAUUAUUGAGAUCUAGAAAAAUCAACUGGUGUGUCUAAAAUACGGUCACCGAUAGUUGAUUUUUAAAAGCCCCUAUAAGUUCGUCGAGAAUAUUCUUCAUUCAGUUUAAAUCCCUUAAUAUUCAAACUUCAUGAAAGAUUGUAAUAAUUACACUGUUAAAACCCAAGCAGCAUUUAUAUGAUUAUGAUAUGAGACGAAUUGUUGUUAAAUGAAAAAUAUCUGUAAUAAAUAAUUGCAUUCAAACCAAAACAAUAAUACAAUACAUUUUUGUUUUAAAUGUUCGGUGGCUCCUACGUAGGAAAAGGUUCUAAAAUCACGUUCAAAUGCUGUUAGGUAAACAUUAAAUCUGUUAUUGAAUUUACACAUUUUCAAAACAUGUUAAGCAGUAAUAUUUUUGAACAAGAAUGACAGACUAUUCUUAGACUAAAUGAACUUUCCCUAUAAAGAUGCAACUUCUUGCAUUUUAUUUAUUUAAAAUUAUCAUAGUUGUAAUAUGACAUAUCACGAAACUUAUGUGCAAUAGGUUGUUUCAUGACUCUUAUCACGUGAAAUCUUUAUUAUCGUUUUACACCAGACUAGCAAAUCCCUUGUUUAAAGAAUAGAAGUGAAUUUAUAUACAGAGCGUAACAUAAUCAAUAUUAUGUGUUAUACACUAUAUAAUUUUAUUUUCAAUUUACGAUAAAAAAUCUGCGAUAAAAUUAGUUAAUUGUUCCUAUUUUAUAUUCUGCGAAUUAUGAAAGUUCAGGAAUGAUGAUAAUAUUGAAAUAUAUGCUUGCAGUCAGUAAGUCUCGAGGCAUUUAAAGAUACAUUUGGAUAUUUAUAAAAUAUUCCUAAUAAGAUUUUUGUUUUCAUUCCUGGACUGAAACCUUUAGGUUAUAGUGAAUAACAGGUAUAUUAUUUAUGAAAUUUAUUUAUUUAGGUAGCUUAAUUUUAUUUAUAUUUAAUUUAAUAUAUAGAAGUAUACGUGAAGCAGCGUAAAUCUCAAAGAACUCGAUCGAUCAAAUUUAAAUAUCGUUUCCUUAUUUUAUAAUUCUUAAGUACAAAACAAUAUUAUUUCAUAAAUAGUUUCUUCUUAGCUUUAGUGCCGUUAAGAGAAUUUUUCUUAGUCUCACUUUGCUUGCCAAUAAAUAAUUUAUUAUUGCAGGAAUUAAAGGUUAUACCUUCCAAAGCAAUUAGCUCAACUUGCGAUUUUCAAUACUCCCUUUGGCUAUAUCAGUUCUCUAUUCCAUUCUAUUGUUCAAGGCCUUAAUAAGAACAAGCGUUAAAGAUCUAAAAGUUUUAAACUAUUAACACCAACGGAUGCAUUGCAAGAAUUCUCGUAGGUGCAAUAAAAAGUGCAUUUUUAGGAUAGGUAAUUAUUUUAAAACAGGUUUUUAUGUAUUUAAUUAAAAAUUGUUAAAGAAU